GCAAUAAAGAAAUCCCAAGCGUCGCGUUGCGCGUGUGUGUGUGUGUGUGCGUGUGAGUAAGUGUGUGCGUGCGUCGUUAGUGAUCUGAACAAAAUGGCGGGCGGUCAGCGCAACCAAAGUGCAGCGCUGCACAGCAACGUCGCAGUCGCCAUCGCCGUCGCCGUUGACGCGUUGCAGCUCUAAGCGAAUGCCCAACGAUCGAGCGGGCAAAGCACACAGAAAGAGACAGCGACAGAGAGAGCGAGAGCACAAGAGCGAGUCGAGACGUGAACUAAACGCAAACAGGCAGCCACAUCCAUCCAUCCACAGUCCAAUUGCAGUUGCCGUUGUCGGAGCGGGCGCAGGCGCAGCUGUUUGACGAGGACUUCAGGUGCCAGCUAAGGGGCAUCGAAGGGCGGCGACGCGGCGUAACGAUUAGGCACCAAAAUGCCUGGCGGACGACGUGGACUGGUUGCGCCGCAGAACACAUUCCUUGAGAACAUAAUACGGCGCUCCAAUUCGCAGCCGGACAGCUCGUUUCUAUUGGCCAACGCACAAAUCGUCGAUUUUCCGAUCGUCUACUGCAAUGAGUCCUUCUGCAAGAUUAGCGGCUACAACCGAGCCGAGGUCAUGCAGAAGUCGUGCAGGUAUGUAUGCGGCUUCAUGUACGGCGAGCUGACAGACAAGGAGACGGUGGGACGGCUGGAGUACACGCUGGAGAAUCAGCAGCAGGAUCAAUUCGAGAUAUUGCUCUACAAAAAGAACAAUAUGCAAUGUGGCUGCGCCCUAUCGCAGUUUGGCAAGGCACAAACCCAAGAAACGCCGCUAUGGCUGCUGCUUCAGGUGGCGCCCAUACGCAACGAGAGGGAUUUGGUUGUGUUAUUUCUGUUGACAUUUCGGGAUAUAACGGCACUGAAGCAGCCCAUCGACAGCGAGGAUACCAAAGGUGCAGUUAAUCUAUUCCUUCCAGUUUUAGGUCUCUCCAAAUUCGCCAAACUGGCGCGAUCCGUGACACGCAGCCGCCAGUUCAGCGCGCAUUUGCCAACCCUCAAGGAUCCAACGAAGCAGUCGAAUCUGGCGCACAUGAUGUCACUGAGUGCAGACAUUAUGCCCCAGUACAGACAGGAAGCGCCCAAGACACCGCCACACAUACUCUUGCAUUAUUGUGCAUUUAAAGCAAUUUGGGACUGGGUGAUAUUGUGUUUAACAUUUUAUACCGCCAUCAUGGUGCCAUAUAAUGUAGCGUUUAAAAAUAAAACCUCAGAGGAUGUUUCCCUUCUCGUCGUGGAUUCGAUAGUGGAUGUUAUCUUCUUUAUAGAUAUUGUGUUAAAUUUUCACACCACUUUUGUGGGCCCCGGCGGUGAGGUGGUCAGCGAUCCGAAGGUCAUACGCAUGAACUAUCUGAAGUCGUGGUUCAUCAUCGAUCUGCUCAGUUGUCUGCCCUACGAUGUCUUCAAUGCCUUCGAUCGCGAUGAGGACGGCAUCGGUUCGCUCUUCAGCGCCCUCAAGGUGGUGCGCCUGCUGCGCCUGGGCCGUGUGGUGCGCAAGCUGGAUCGCUAUCUGGAAUAUGGUGCGGCCAUGCUGAUACUCCUGUUGUGCUUCUACAUGCUGGUCGCCCACUGGCUGGCCUGCAUCUGGUAUUCGAUUGGACGCAGCGACGCGGACAAUGGGAUCCAAUACAGCUGGCUGUGGAAGCUAGCGAACGUGACUCAGUCACCGUACUCGUAUAUUUGGAGCAAUGAUACGGGCCCCGAGCUCGUCAACGGUCCCUCCAGAAAGAGCAUGUAUGUGACGGCCCUAUACUUUACAAUGACCUGCAUGACUUCGGUGGGAUUCGGCAAUGUCGCAGCGGAGACAGACAACGAGAAGGUGUUCACCAUCUGCAUGAUGAUCAUUGCAGCUCUGCUGUAUGCGACCAUCUUUGGUCAUGUGACGACGAUAAUACAGCAAAUGACAUCGGCCACCGCCAAGUACCAUGACAUGCUCAACAACGUGCGCGAGUUCAUGAAGCUGCACGAGGUGCCCAAGGCGCUCAGUGAACGCGUUAUGGACUAUGUCGUCUCCACGUGGGCCAUGACCAAAGGCCUCGAUACCGAAAAGGUACUAAACUAUUGUCCGAAAGAUAUGAAGGCUGACAUAUGUGUUCAUCUAAAUCGCAAAGUAUUUAACGAGCAUCCAGCAUUUCGUCUGGCCUCGGAUGGUUGUCUGCGCGCAUUAGCGAUGCACUUCAUGAUGUCCCACUCGGCGCCGGGGGAUCUCCUCUAUCACACCGGCGAGAGUAUCGAUAGCCUCUGCUUUAUUGUGACGGGCAGUCUGGAGGUAAUACAGGACGAUGAAGUUGUGGCAAUAUUGGGCAAAGGCGACGUCUUCGGCGAUCAAUUCUGGAAGGACUCGGCCGUUGGCCAGAGUGCCGCCAAUGUGCGUGCACUGACCUAUUGUGAUUUGCAUGCCAUCAAACGUGAUAAAUUGCUCGAAGUCCUCGAUUUCUAUUCGGCAUUUGCGAAUAGCUUUGCACGCAAUCUGGUGCUCACCUACAAUCUCAGACAUCGACUGAUUUUUCGCAAGGUGGCCGAUGUGAAGCGCGAAAAAGAAUUGGCCGAACGGCGUAAGAACGAGCCGCAAUUGCCCCAGAAUCAGGAUCAUCUCGUGCGCAAAAUAUUCUCCAAAUUCCGGCGUACACCCCAGGUUCAGGCGGGCAGUAAGGAACUGGUCGGCUCCGGUCAAAGCGAUGUCGAGAAGGGCGACGGCGAGGCCGAACGCACCAAGCUACCCGCUAAACUAACAUUAACCGAGGACUCACGCAUAUUAACAACCGCCGCUGUUCCCUCACCAUCGCCAUCACCCUCGCCCUCAUCGGGUCCACCAUCUGCACGUAGUACCCGUGCUAGCAAAUGGGGACGCCUUCUGGGCAGUUCAAGUGUCGAUUCAGCUAGCGAUACGAGCGCCAAGGUAGCCGUCUCGAGAAGUUUGAGCGCCCGCGAAAGUCUGCGUGAGAGCACUGCCCAAGCGAGGCAGAGUAGUACUUCGAGUAGCAAUGGUGGACAAGGCAAUAAACAUUUACAAUUAAGCAAAGUAUUCCCCAAGGCGCCCAAGCUGCAGGCUAGCCAGGCGACGCUCGCUCGCCAGGACACCAUCGACGAGGGCGGCGAGGUGGACUCGUCGCCCCCCAGCCGGGACAGCCGUGUGGUCAUCGAUGGCGGUGCAGCCACCACAGCCACGUCCACAGUAACAGCCACCGCAGCGGGUGCCAGUGGAGCAGGCGGCAGUGCGAGCGGCACGACAGGUGCUCCAACAGCUGCGACUGGCGUCAAGGAGCGUAAUUUAGCGCUGGAGCGGGAGCGACAGAUCGAGAUGGCCAGCUCGAGGGCAACCACAUCGGACACGUACGAUACGGGACUGCGGGAGACACCGCCCACGCUGGCACAGCGCGAUCUCAUUGCCACCGUGCUGGACAUGAAGGUGGAUGUGCGGCUGGAGCUUCAGCGCAUGCAGCAGCGCAUCGGCCGCAUCGAGGAUCUGCUGGGUGAGCUGGUCAAGAGGCUGGCACCUCAAAUGGAUAGCAGCGGUCAAACGACACCUGGCGACGAGAUCUGUGCGGGCUGCGGCGCGGGCGGCGGCCCCUCAGCAGCGGUAGCUGCACCCACAACCGCUACGGUCACCACGCCCGUGGACACUGUGAUAACCAUCUCAUCGCCUACAGCCGCUGGCGCGGGCACAUCGACAUCUGCAAUAGCAAUAGGAACAGGAGCAGGAGCAGGAACAGGAACAGGACCAGCAUCGGCGAGCGCUGGCGCUGGCAGCGGUCUACUAAAUCCAAGCGUCCAAGUUGUGUCUGGCGCGGGAGGCAACGGCCUGGGGCCGCUGAUGCUCAAAAAGCGACGCUCAAAGAGCAGGAAAGCACCGGCGCCUCCUAAGCAGACACACGCCGUGACGGCCACAACGCUAACGGGUGCGACUGUUGCAACUGUAACUGUUGGAUCUGGUACGACGAGCGUGACAGCGUCAGCGUCUGCAUCUGCAUCUGCGCCUGCCGCAGCCACACCAGCAGGAGCAGCAACGAGUCCAUCGGCCGCUGCCGAGCUGCUGCAUUUGCGCCUGCUCGAGGAGGACUUCAGUGCGGCUCAGUUGACGGCGUCCAGUGUCGCUGGCACGCCCACAACAUCGGCAGGCACACCGCCCGCUGGUGCAGCGACGCCAACGACCACAACAACAAGCGCAACAACAACGCCAACGGGCAGCGGACGCAGCGUGAAGCGCGAGUUUCUCUAGCCAAAAAUACUGGAGCGCCAUCUGUCGGCGGAUAGCAGCAGCUUCGAGCAAUAAUACUCGACAAAUUCAGAGUUUGCCUACGCAUACGCUUAGCUAGUCCGUAGUCCGUAGAUAUGCAUAAUAGGAACUAUAUGAUGUAUACAUGAUGUACAUGAAGCUGUAACUAAUUUUAGAUACACCUACACUCACUCUUUCUCUCUCUCUGUGUCUAUGUCCCUCUCUCUCUCGCUCUCUCUCUCUCUGUCUAAUGAUAUCUCAAUAUGCCUUUAUACUCGAACUCUGGCGCUUAAAGCAACAAGUCUUUCUCUCUCUUUCCCUCCUCACACACUCU